GGUCUCGGUAAUUGUAGGUGUGGCUGGAGAUAUUGCAAGCAAGAAGAGCUUAUCCAUGACAAUGGGUUGCUGUUUUACAAGAAAGAGCCGAUCCAUAACUGGACUGGAGGAGGGUAACAGACUCAUUCCUCAUAGUCUAGAGCAAUCUGUUACUUACAGUGCCAGCAGAGCAAGGAUCCCCUCGAUAAGGAAUAACGUGUUGGACCCAAGACUGUGUACAGUGACCUGGAGACAGUUGCAGCCAACAGUAGGAGGACUAUCAGUAGCAGAUAUUAGAUUAAUAUGUGGCAAUGGUUCAUCAUACUCUUAUUCAAGAACUGAUUAUUUUCAAGUCCAAGUGCAACACGCUUACACUGAGAGGGAGGUCCAUUGUGUGGUAGAACCCACUGGGUCUCUAGUAGGACGAUCAUUAAUAACAGUCUCUUACACUGUGAGGGUUUCUGGAGAGUACUCAGUUCUCUUUAUGAUGAACGGACAAAUAAUAGACAAGAUACACCGACCUGUUUAUCAAGCAGGUCCACCAGACCCUAAUAAAACAGUCUUCCAUUUACGAGCUCCUAAUAUAAUAAUGGAGACCAGUGUCUUCUAUCCAAUACUCUUCUCUCCUAAAGAUUCUUUUGGUAAUGUUGCUGCCCUCCUUCAAGAUGAGCUCAUUUUUGAAGCAAGGAAAAAUAGCCCUGAUUCUCCAUUAGCUACUUUGGAAUAUGUAAUAAAUCAAAUUGAUGAUGAUGAUGAAGAAAGAUUUGAAUUAUUAAUUAAAAUAGACUCCCCAGGUUAUUAUUUGUGCUGUGUUAGACACAUGGACAGGAUAAUUGGUCUGACCAAUGCCAUUGCUAUUGUCCUGACUAAUCAGGACACCAUUAAGAUGAAGAACAAUAUAACCACACUGUUCCUUAACAUUGGAUACAAGAGCAGGAUGAUACAGAAUAACAAUAGAAGCACCAAAGAAGUAUGGUGCUAUUUGUCACCUAGAAUGCUUCAAGUACGUGGAUAUACUCUUGGUGUUAUUUCAAAAAGACUGUUCACCUGUAGAGUGUGUAACAGCACGCAGUUCAUAAUGCAUUCUGCUCCUGAGCGGUUUACCAUUGAUGAUGGUCUACAACCUCCAGUUACGCUAAUAUCUCCUGAAAGAGAAGUAAUGGCUGCUAUAUAUUAUCAGUUCAUUCAAAGGAACAUUGGUGGUUCAUUCCAAGACAAGGUCCGUCACUUUCAGGCGGAACUAAGACGCCAGAAUGAAACUGAGAACAGACUGGAUGUACGAAUCACUGUCAGGAGAUUUGAACUACUUGAGACGUCAAUGAGUGCUACCAGUAGUUUUUCGGAGGAUAUGUGGAAGAGACACUUUUUCGUUUCAUUUGAAGGAGAAGCAGGUAUUGAUGUAGGGGGUGUGUCCAGGGAAUUCAUUAAUUGUUUGUGUGAGAUCAUGUUUAGCGGAAGAAACCCCCAGGGUCUCUUUAAAGGUUUUAAACAAGACGACAUGCAAGCACUUGUCCACCCGAACUACAGGAAGAAGAGGGACAAGCAGUUUGGAUUAGCUCAUUAUAGAUUUGCUGGUCUGAUAGUCGGGAAGUGUCUGUAUGAAACAGCAAUGGGGAACAGGUUACUGGUACGAGCUAAAUUCACACGAUCAUUCCUAGCACAAAUAGUAGGACUCAGACUAACUUGGAAGCAUUUUGAAACUGAUGAUCCUGAUUUGUACAAUUAUCAAGUGAAGAACAUUAAAGAUGGUGACAUUGCUGAUCUUGAUCUGAGCCUAAAGUUUGCUGAAGAAGAAUACAACAGUAGCACUAAUGACUCAAGACUGGUAUCCAUCACUCCUGGUGGUACAAAGAUUCCAGUCACAGAAACUAAUAAAAUGGACUACCUGAACCAACUGGCCCAGCACAGACUAGGGAAGAAGGUCUCAGAGGAAAUGAGAGAAUUCUUAAAAGGUCUGCAUAUGCUCAUUCCUGAUGAACUUAUUGCUAUAUUCGAUGAAAAUGAACUAGAACUCCUAAUGUGUGGUGUGCAAGAGUUGAGUGUGGAGGACUUAAGGUCUCAUACUGUCAUACGUCACGUUAGUGAGACCACCGUUGACUGGUUCUGGACUGCAGUGGAAGACUUCUCGCAGGAUGAACUGGCUAGACUAGUUCAGUUUGUGACUGGGAGCUCUCAGAUACCAAGUGGAGGGUUUGCUGAACUGAGACCUCCAUUCCUACUAGCAACCUCUGGGGAGAGAGGGAGCAGACUACCAUAUGCACAUACAUGUUUCAAUCAUUUGUGUUUGCCUGAGUGUGAUUCUUAUGAGCAGUUUAGGACUGGUCUAAUGACUGCCAUUAAUGAAGGAUCGGAAGGCAUCUUUAUGUCUUAAUACAUCAUUAACUGUCCUGUGUACUAUGAUUUUUAUUUUUAUAUUAUGAGAUUUGUAUUAUGUGAUAUCAGGUUUAUGAUAACUGUCAGAUGGACUUAUAUACUCUUA